AUGCAAAACGAUUAUAAUACAAAUGCUAGAUUUGCUCGUCAAGCACGUAUGAUUGUUUGUUUAGCUUUGAUACCAGUUGAUGAUGUUGUAGAUGCAUUUGGAGAAUUAUCUGAUGAAUUACCAUUAGCAUUUAAACCGUUAUUAUUAUAUUUUCAACAAACAUAUAUUGGUCGUACACGUCCUUACGGUAGAGCUAAACCUCAAUAUGAUUUAGCAUUUUGGAAUAUAAAUGUUCGUAUAACAGAUGGUUUGGUACGAACAACAAACGGGGCUGAAUCAUGGCAUGCUCGUUUAAAAUCAAUAUUUAAUUGUGAUCAUCCAUCUAUGUGGAAAUUCAUUCAACAUUUACAACACGAAGAAAAUUACAUUUAUACUCGUAUUGUAAGAUUAGAUGCGGGUGAUGCUCCUGACCCAGGAAAAAAGUAUUUGGAUCAUACAAAACGAUUACUUCAUUUAAUAAAUAAUCCUCAUUCAAAUAUUAUGGAUCAACUAGAAAAUCUAGCUCAUAAUAUAAAAUUAUAG